CAUGAAAGUUGGCUGUGGGACCACUGGAGGGCAGCCUUAUUGCUGCCUGAGGGACGGAACAGGAAAGAUAUAUUUUUUUUAAAAAAAAAUCCCCGCUCUAACUGACAAACCGGUUUAAAUUUGAAAGUCUCUGUUGUGGGAGCUGGCUGUUGCUUUGCUGGCCAGAAGGUGGUUAUCGCCCGUUUCCUAAAAACGUCACUGCAAACAACAACAACAACAAAAACCCCAACAAAGCAAGUGGCCAGCAGUGACUUUGAAGAAGUCUUUUAAAACAAAGUUUUGUUUCAGUGGGGAGUGGGGGCAAAGAUUUCGUCUCGCUUUGCAAUGCCAAGGAGGGUCGAGGUGCAACGGAGGAAGUCGAAGCGACUGAAAGGGCAGGUUCAAGAAGAGGGAGAGACGGAAACCGAGAGCCAGGAGCAAGCAGAUUCCCGGUCCAGCGAAAUGCUGGUCCUGACGCCCAGGAAUCCUAUCCGUGGGAGCUCCAGAACCCUGAGGAGCAGUGCGACAGCAAGGAUAGAGGAGGAGGAGGCUGAGCCGGUUGUUCUGCAGAAGGUGAAGGCAGACUUAGAUUUGAAGCAAAGGAGGAUGAAGAAGGAGGAAGGGGAGGAAGAACAGAAGGAGGAAGAGGAGGAUGGAACUGAGCACCAGGAGACCCCCAGGAGCAUCAUGGUCCCUCCUGUGGUCAAGGUCAGUAUUACAAUGGUCUGGGCUUGA